UUAGUCUUCAGCGUACUCGCGUCGUUCGCGUUUCUCGAAUUUGCGUCCCGCAGUCAGUCCACGUGCGUGUGUAUAAUAAUAUAGUAAUAUUUUUUAGUGUUCGUGUGUGUGUUUGUUAACGUCUCAUCACUCGCAGUUCGAGCUCAGUGAAAUAGGAAUUUCGUUUUUAAAAUUAUAUAUUUUAAAUAUAUAAUAUUUUGUCGGUGUUGUUCGUUUCGAUAAUUCCGUGGGUUUAUUUUUAUGGUGUUUCGCGACAUAUAUGUCGUCUCGGCGACGGCUUCCGGACGUGAAAACGUCGCGACCGCGGUGGUGUUAUGAGCCACUGUUGGCGGCUACGACUACCGCUGUAGCAGCAGCCGGAUGUACGGAUACGCGGGUCCGCCCCAUUACGGGGCCAUCGAGUCCUCCACUGGAGACCCGGGCGGCUAUCUGCAGCCUGGUCCCAUACCCAUGGCCAUGGUCAUGCCUAUGCCGGCCGUCUGUGAACCACCACCGCCACCGCCGCUUCAAAUGCCCGAUGAGGCGAUACAGAAACGGCGGAGAUCCGAUGAAGAGGAUUCUAGUCAGAAAUAUUCUAGAAUGGAAGAUGAUAAUAUCCAAGACAAAGAAAGAUUUGCCAGUAGGGAGAAUCAUUGCGAAAUUGAGAGGCGGCGGCGGAACAAGAUGACAGCGUACAUCACGGAACUCUCGGACAUGGUGCCGGCAUGUCAGUCCCUAGCUCGGAAACCGGACAAACUCACCAUACUCCGAAUGGCUGUUAACCAUAUGAAAAGUCUCAGGGGUACAGGUAACACAAACAAUGAUGGCACCUACAAACCUAGCUUUCUAACGGAUCAAGAGCUUAAACAUUUAAUAUUGGAAGCAGCUGAUGGUUUUCUAUUUGUUGUUACAUGUGAUACUGGUAGAGUUAUAUACGUUUCCGACUCUGUUGCACCAGUAUUAAAUUACUCACAAAAUGACUGGUUAGGGACAAGUAUGUUUGAUCAUUUACAUCCCGAAGACGUAGAAAAAGUACGUGAACAACUAUCUACACAAGAACCACAAAAUUCAGGGCGUAUAUUAGAUUUGAAAACUGGUACAGUGAAAAAAGAGGGUCAUCAAUCUUCAAUGAGACUGUGCAUGGGUUCUCGACGUGGGUUCAUUUGUCGAAUGAAGAUCGGUAAUAGUGGUGGUAUGAUGUCCAGUAUAUCGGGACAUAAUCUACACCAACGUCUUAAACAGCGUAAUACAUUAGGACCAACUCGAGAUGGUAACGAAUUUGCGGUCAUCCACUGCACUGGCUACAUAAAGAACUGGCCUCCAUCUGGUCAGUUUGAUCAUCCAUUAUCUGGUGUUCAAAUUGAGAGAGCUGUUGAAGAAGAUGGUACUCAUUGUUGUUUAGUUGCUAUUGGUCGGUUGCAAGUUACUUCCACUCCAAACACUACUGAUUUAACCGGGUCUAAUAGUAAUGCUGAAUUCAUUUCUAGACAUUCUAUGGAUGGUAAAUUUACAUUUGUUGAUCAGCGUGUUACACAUAUACUUGGCUAUAAGCCACAAGACCUUUUAAGCAAAACAUGUUAUGAGUUCUUUCAUCCUGAAGACCAAACUCAUAUGAAAGAAAGUUUUGAACAAGUUCUUAAAAUGAAAGGCCAGAUGAUGUCUGUGAUGUAUCGGUUUCGAGGUAAAAAUCAUGACUGGAUUUGGCUAAGAACAAAUGCAUUUGCAUUUUUAAAUCCUUACACUGAUGAUAUUGAGUAUAUUGUAUGCAACAAUUCAACAGCUAAAUCCUCGAUGCACUCCCCAUCUGAAAGUGGAGUAAAUAUCAGUAACCCACCAACUGAACCUGUUUAUCAACAACAGGCACCUGGAUUAGAUUAUACAGUUCAAAGAAGGGAUCAUGUAGCAGCACCACCAUAUCAAGCUCAUGCAAUGAUUACUGCUGCUCCGACCGCCAGUCAACAUAUGAUACCCAACAACACAGCGCAAAGACCAAACAGUGCUCAAAAUGUAUUUAAUACAUAUGAAACGAAUGCAUCACCCAUUAGCUAUCAUUCGCCCAAUCAAAGUACUCAAAGUCAAGUUCAAUCCCCAUUAAUUAAUCGCCUUACUAAGUCAAGUCCAACACCUGCACAAACAGCAUGGACAUUGCGCCAGCCGGUCACUGAAGGUUACCAAUAUAAUCAAGAAAUGAGUCCAUCUCGUUCACCAUCAGGUCCAACAUACACUCAAUUGAGUGGUGGUGCAAGACAAACAUCUUACCACAAUCCAUCACCAGCAACUGCGUCUCCAGGAAUGUGGGGUUGGCAAGCUGGAGCAACUGGGGCCACAGCUGUGGCCAACAAUGUACCACCACAUCCGCAUAGUGGCCAUCCACAAGAACUGUCUGAUAUGAUGAUGCAGAUGCUUGAUCAGAGUGCAGCAGCUGCUUCAUUUGAAGACCUUAACAUGUUCAACACAAAUUUUGAAUGAGCUAAUAAUUUUUAUAUUAUAUACCUAUGUUGAACAAAUGUAUUAAGAACUAAAUGAAUGCAGUUGUCACAAAUUACCUGAGUGUAUGCUAUAAACUAAAUUUGUUUAAUAUCUGCCUGUAAGGUAUUAUUAACACCAUCUGUGGUAGUAUUAUAAUAUGGCUUUGAUGUGUAUUAGAAAUACUAUCAUAAUUUACAUGACAUACUGGAUAUCUGUUGUAUGUUUAAUAUUAUGGAUUCUUUGAUUUCUGUAGUCUGUACAAAUAUAAGAAUCUCAUAUCAAGUUUAUUAAUAACUUAGUAAGCCUUACUAAGUUUAUUUAGAUUAUUAUAAACAGAAAACGUUUUUCAAAAAAUCAUUUAUUGAUAUUAUUUUAAACACUGGUUGUUUUUUUACAAUUUAAACCACGCUGCUUUUUACACUACACCCAAUUAUAAUUUUAUGUAGUUUAUUCUCUUUUAUCACUGAUAAUUACUACAGUUACAACCUCCAUGCUACCUCUGUCGUACUCAUCUCAACAAAGUAUGUACCUAGGUUAGCUCAGUGCCAUAAAAAAAUAAAUAAGAGGAUUUUAAAUUUAUUGGAAACUUUUCUUUGUUUGCCCUUAAAUCUCUAUGAACAGAAGUUCAAAAAUAUAAUAUAUUUAUUUAUUUAGACACAUAUCAUUUUUAAAAUAUAUAUCAAAUCCUUCCGUAAUUGUAAAUUUAUUUUUGAUUGUAUUUUGUUUAUUUUUUUUUUCAAAACUGGAUAACUAAAUUAACUUUCUUUUGGGAUGUUCUCAAUUCAAUUUGUAGUUGACUGCUUUACACAUAUAUAUGAAUACCAUAAUAAGAAUAACUUUGAGCCAAAUACCAGGGGUCAACUACAAAUGGCAGUCCAUUGAAAGUUUAUUUUCUUUCGUCCAUACCAUAUGUAUACAAAAUUGUAUAUAAUAUUGUAAGUU